AUGGAUGAAGCAAAUACGUUGGCAGAUGAGUAAAUCCUUUUGCAGAUGAAAUAAGAAGACUUUGAAACAAUAAGAGUUUAGAAUCCUAUUAGAUAUAAAGCCAUACUUAAAUAGUAUAUAAGAAUAUACUAACCUUAAAAUUUAUAGGAAUUUGCAAUGUGCAUCAUCAAAAAGCCAAGCGAAGAGAGAAACGAAGACGAAAUUAAUAUCCUUCAAUAAUGGACAAGCAGAUUUUAGUUCUUUCAAGAUCUAAAUAGAAAAUAGAUUAAUGUAGAACUAAGAUUGCAUCAUAAGUGUUGUGGUAGUAUAAAAUAUGAAAGAGUUUCCAAAGGAACAGCAGUUUUUCAAGCAGGUGAUAUUCCAGAGAAGUUUUACAUUGUUUUAAGUGGAUCAGUAAACGUAAUGCUUCCAAAAUCAAAAGAAUAAUUAGUCUAGGAAGUAAAUAGUGAGAAGAAUAGAAUAAAAAAUCUAAAAACAUUAGAAAUAAAAAAUUCAAUAUGGUAUCGAAUAAAUUAGAUAAAAGAUAGAAGAGAGUAGCUAAAAACGAGUAAAAACAUAUCUCAUUAACAAUCUCUUUCUCCUCACCAUAACACAAACUUUUUCAAAAUUCCUUCUAUAAAAAGAGUAGAUUCUUUUACAACCCCUAGGUAAUAAAACAUGCUUUUAGAAAACUCUUUUUCAUCAUCACCAAGGUUUAACAAUUUGAGACCAUAAAAUUCAAGUAGGUUUGAUCCAGCUUUAACAAUUCAAGGUGAUGAAAUAAAUAUGACAGCUUCAAAUUUUAGUGAACAUAUGGAUCAAUCUAAAUUAAACUUCAGCUAAAUGGAAGAUAGAUAUUUAAAAAAUCAAAAUUUUACAAAUAAAAUGUCAGCAAAAGAUAAUAUACUUUUAGAAAGACAUCAUAACAAAAGAGGAAGUGUUUUUAAUGACUUUAGAUAAUUCAGAAGAGAAAGUUUAACUUCUGAUUUGAAUUUUUCUAUUAAGAAAGAUGAAUCUGCUGAUGUUUAAGCAUCAAUUUUCAAAAGAUAGAAUUCACCUGAAUAAGUAAUGAUUGAUUUUAAAAAUUUAUCAAAUGAAAGUGAAGAGAACUCAGUGGUUGUAUCAGAUACUGGAAAUGGUCAAUAAGAAGGAGAGUCUUAGAAUGAAUUGUUUUCUACACUAAAAAUAGAAGAAAAUAACAUUUUAGAUGAAAAUGAUCCAGCUUAUAAACAGCUAGGAAAUAUAUAACUUGAAGCCAUUCAAGAUUUAGAUAUCUUCUUUUAAGAAGGUGUUUCAAAAUAUAAGUAUUUGCUCACAUUAAACCCUGGAUCUAUGUUUGGCGAACUAGGGUUAUUACUCAAAAAACCUAGAGCUGCUACAAUAUUAGCUAGAGAAGAUACUGAGUUUGCUGUUCUUAAUGCUGGCGAUUUUAGUAAUAUCUUAUCUGAGGGAGAGAUGAAAUAAAUUAACAGAAGACUCUAGUUUUUUGCUGAAAACUUUUUACAAGGCUGUGGAAAAGAAAUAGUAACAAAAUAUAGUUAUAAUUUUAAAUGUGUUAAAUACAGUAUAGGAAAUAUUAUUUACCAUCAAGGUGAUUCUUCUUAGUUUGUGUAUAUUAUCAAAAAAGGUUUUGUAGAGCUUUCACAAACAAGAAUAAUUAAAAAGAAAUAAAAUUAAUUGGAUCAGACGGACUCUGUUUCAAAAAUGCUUAACACAUUUAAAAAGUAAGAAAAUCAGUCAAUAGAGAAGCUGGUAAAAGAGAAAGUUUGUCUUUCAUAAAUUUCAGUAGGAUAAUGUUUUGGCGAAAUUGAAGUAAUUAAGAAUAUGCCAAGGAUAUCUCAUGCUAUUUGUAUAUCUAACAAAGUAGUGUUAUGGGAACUACCUGCAACAAUAUUUCAAAAAUUGAUCACAGAAAAUAAAUUUUUAUACCAGCAAUUUCUUGAUCAGAUUAAACUAAAAGAAGAAUGGUAUUAGAAGUAAGAAAUUUCUCAUGAUUUACAAAAAGAAAUAAAAGCGGAGAUAUCUGAGAGUGCCAAAGAUUUUUAGCAAAAAUAAGCCAUAUAAGAAGAAAUAUAAAUUAGAAAAUAAAAAUUACAGAAAAAGUACUCUCUAACAUGCCAUUCUUUCAUCAAAGGAUAAGAUGAAGAUAUAGAAAAGCACAUAAAGUUAGAACUUUUAAAAGAAGAGCUAGAAAAAGAUAUGAAAAUUUUAUAGGAUUUAAAGUAGGUAGGUGGUUAUGAUUUUUUAAAAAAGUAAGAAUUGGUUAAAAGUGUUGAGAUAAUAGGCAUCAAAAAAUAGCUCAAUUUGAAUUAAAUUCAUAAGCUAUAAAGAUAAGGAGAUUAGUUCGAUUAGAAGGUAUUUAAGGUAAUGUAAAAGAUUGAGCAUCAGAAAAAGCAAAUGAAAGAUCUGAUUCGUAAAAUUAUGAUUAAAAAUUCAUAUAAAUACAUGCCAAAAUUUAAGCUAAGCGAGUUUAUUGGUAUGGACAUUAAACAUGCUUUAAAUAUUUAAAUAUUUUCUGCUCUUUAAAAUCAGACAAAAACCCAGCCCUAAAAAAGUUUUGAAACUCAAGAGGAAAAAGUAGAUAAGAAACUUUAAUUGGAUUGGAAUUAAGAAUCUCUAAAUAAGGAUUUGUUAGACAAAUAAGUUGAUCAGUAAGAUUUAACAUCUGAAUUAUUAGAAAAUAAUUUUGAUAAAUAAUUAAUUUAACCUAAUUUGAUAGAUGGAAGUUAAAUAAAAAACGAUAAAGAUAUUAUUAUUGCUUCUGAGUAAGGUAGCUAAAAAUUUGAAAUUAAAAAAAAAAUUUAAAAUAUAAAAUAGAAUUUUAAAAAUAAAUUGGAAUUAGCAUAAUUUGAAAGUAAAAAAAGUUAAUUGUUUUCGAAAUUUAAAUCGCAAAUUCCUGCAAAUACUAAGGAUAUGUCUCCCUUUUCACCUCGAAUUUCAAAAAGCUUACUCAUUCAACAAAAUACUGGCAAUUUUCUUGGGAUCGGUAAUUUUUAAGAAUAUUUACUAUCUUCCAAAACAACAAGAGAAAAAAUUAUGGCAUCUUAGAAUUAACUUUAAAAGAAUAGUCAAAUUAACAAUUAAUAAUAAAAUAACAUAAAUUGCAGAUAGAUUUAAUAAAUUCAUUCGAAUUCUGCAAGAUCAUUAUAGACUCAAAAUAUUUUCAGCAAUGAAAAGGGCUAAAGAUAAUCAUUAAAUAUAGCUGAGUAAAAUAGCAACGAUUUAGAAUCAACAAGAUCUAAGUAGUAUAGUUAAAGGGAAUCAGCUCUAUAUUUUAAUAAUUAUAACCUCAUUUAAUAAAAUAUUCAUAAUAAAUAAAUGGAUAGUCAUUCAUCUAUUUUCACAGUCAAACCAUUUUUCUAUACAAAAAAUUAAUAAAACACAGAGAUAUAGAAAGCAUUGCCUAAAUAAAACAAAUUUAGAGAAAAAAAUAUUAAAAAUAUGAAAGCUCAUUCUAGUUCUUUGAAAGUAGAUAGCUAGCUAAAACUCAAUUAACAUUAAAAACCAACAACAGAUAAUGUAAAUAAGAUAGAGUACUUUUUCAAGUCUAACGAAGAAAUAUUGAACUUUUACAAUAUCAAUUCAAUAAAAAAAGAUUGUAAAAGAGAAACUUUUUAAUCAACCUAAGAAACUUUUAGAAAAUAACAUGAAUAGGAUUAAUAGAAGAGCUUUCAAACAUAAAAUCAAUAUGUUAAGAAUAUCAGUAAAAUGCAAGAAAAAGAUAAUUUCACUGAUAAACAAUCAGAUGGUUAAAGAUUAGAUCACCUUUAAAGCAUCAAUACAAAUAAUGAUGAUAUAUUUUAAUCAUUUCACUCAAUUAAUACAAAUUUAAAUGGUUAAAAUAACUUUGAAUCAAAAUAUGCUUUUUAAUAUGAUUAAUAAAAUUUAAUAGCUGAAGGCAAGCAUAAUAUUAUUAGAAGCUAAAGCAAUCCAAAUAUCACAUAAAAUUAUAUGCAAUUCAACAGAAAAAACUGUAAUUUAAAAAUAAAUUAAUCGCCUAUACUUUCUAAUUCACAACAAAUCAAAUUAAAAUCUACCCCUCCAAUAGAAUAAUCACAUAUUAAAAGAGAUGCUAGAUUUAGAUGGUCAAUAAAUUCUUAAAAGCAUAGUGCAGAUUGCUUGAUUACAGCAAAUUAAACUAAUUCACUUUAAAAAAAUCAACAAUAAAAUGAAAAAGAUAAUUUAUCAAUUCCCAUUUCACCUAUUCUCUUGAAAAAUGAUAGUUAUUAAGAAAAAAACUUUUACAUGUAUAACUUAAAUCUUAAUCUUGAUAAAAAACCAAAAUCAUCUCUUCUAAGUAAAACUGAAUAGAGCAUAUAAAAUUAAUCAAUAAAAGAAUAAGAUGAUAAAAACUUGAAUUUACAAAGUUCAUUUUGUUAAUCUACAGAAUCAUAUAAUUAACCACUUAUACAAAAGCAUAUCUAGUUAUCUAAUUCUCCUAAAAUAUAAAAUUUUGUUGAAAUGAAUAGAAACAUUACAAAACCAGUUAAUAAAUAAAAUAAUUACACUAUCAAAAAGAAAACAAAUAUAAACCCUAUAUGCUUGUAAGAAUAUAAUGAUAAUGGAGAAUAGGAUUCAAAAUACAACCAAGAAAAAAUUAUAAAGCAGUUAAUAAAAUGUAGAGCAAGACAAAAGCCAAAAAAUUCAAACAUUAAAGAAACAAAGGAAGACAAAUUAAUCAGGAUUAAGAAAUCUUUACUCAAUUACUGUGAUAGCAGUAGUGACUUAUCUAAUUCUUAAACCCAUAAAGGAAGUGUAGAAUCACAAUCUUAAUAUAAAAAAAGUAGCAAUAGAUAAACACUCCAUAAAAGAUAAAGCUUAGGAUAAGAUUAAAGUAGUUAAAUGCAAUCCUCAACAGCUUACAGUUUUUAUCCUAACUUUGAUGAAAUAUAAAACUAAAUAUCUCAUAAUACAGCUAAUUAAUACACAAAUUCACCUUCUAGCUAAGAAAGGAAUCCCUCUUUAUAUAACUAAAAUUCUUUUACCUCAACUAAGCAUAACAUGUUUAGAUAAAAACCAUAAAAAUUAUUUUUGCUUCAUAAUUCAUCUAACUACCCUUAACAAAUAUAAAAAAUAGAGUCAAUUUUAAGAAUUUAUAAAAAAGAAAAUAUUAAAUGA